AUGAGGCGCAUUCCCUGGCGAUUGGCUUUGCUGCUCACGGCCUGCAUGGCGCUGGCAGAAUCCUGGGAUGACGACCUCCUGCUUUUGCAGAAGGAGCUGCGACUCGCCCAAGCGAUGCCGAAUCCCCCGCGAUGGACCUGUGAGGACCGCUGCGUGCCUGCUGUUUGGGUGGUUAGCCCAGGCAGAAGUGGCUCUACCACUGUCCUAGAGAUGUUGAAUGCACUGCCCGGAUUUGCCAUCAUGGGCGAGAAUCAGGCCAUGUGGGGGACGCUCUACGAGCUGGCGAAGAAGAGGGCGGGUGCUCUAGAGGAGUACCGGGACAGGGGGGACUCCAUGGCGUGGCGGCAAAGUGAUGACUUGAAUUGGUCCGAAAUUCUCUGCUCCUACCAGCUCCGUGUCCUUGCGGAGAUGAACCCUCCAAAUGAUGCGCGCGUAGUGGGCUUCAAGGAGAUCCGAUGGGCGUGGUCUGAGCAGCUUCACGAUCUGGAGUUGCUCAUGGAGGUGUUUCCAUGCUCUUUCGCCGUGCUGAACUACCGUAAGGACAUUGAGGCGGAGGCCGAGUCGCGGACAGAGGCAACCGGUUAUUUCCCACCGACCAAUCUUGCGGAGGCCACGAAGGCGAUGCUCAGCUUCUACGAGAACCAUCGGCAACGAAGCUUCUUGCUGCCCUUGGAGAACUUCUCGACGGAUCUCUUCAACCAGCUCCUCCGUUUUCUCGGCGAGGACCAGUGCUCCUUCACCGACGUUCUCCACGACAACUCGCACUCAGGCUACACCCGCGGCAAUUGGCGGCAUGCCCCUGACGUCGUGAACUGCACAAGCUGA